CUCGGACGGCGGUACGCAACUGCCAUUUCCUUUGAAGGCGCGGAUUUGUUCUGUCAUAUGAUGGCGCGGUAGAUUUCUAGACUUCUGGUUGUUGAGAAAAUUCCCCCAUCAUGUCCAAAGCCGUGGUUAAGACGACCUUCGAGGCGUCUCGAACUCUUCGUCCCAUCUACACCGGAGGAAGCACUGCGCUGGAUGCUAGUGGUCGUCUAUUGGCGACUUGCAUUGGCGAGGAUGCUCUCGUCGUCGACCUUGAGACCGGCGACCAAGUUGCCAGCCUUGAAGGCGAUGGCGAAAUAAUCACUAGCUUGGCCAUUUCUCCAUCGGCUUCGCACGUCGUUCUCUGCUCGCGCUCGAUGUCCAUGCGCAUCUACUCUCUGACUCCUUUUGAUGAAAACACACAAACCGUCGAGGCCAAACUAGCUAGAAUUUUGAAACCUCACACAGCUCCUGUCGUCACCACAGCGAUCGAUCCCACGGGUACUCUCCUAGCAACUGGCGCUGCGGAUGGUUCUAUCAAGGUUUGGGAUAUUCGGGGUGGAUACAUCACGCAUACUUUCCACGGCCAUGGUGGUGUUAUCUCGGCGCUGUGUUUCUUUCAAGUACCUUACCAGGACAACGACAAGGCAUCAUCAAAGAAGAAGAAGAAGCGGUCCAAGGGCAAGAAUCUUGACUCUGAUGAGGAUGAGGACAUGGAUGAAGUAGCCGAUUCGAUCGGCGCUUUUCGACUCGCUUCAGGUGACGAGGAAGGUAUGGUCCGCGUCUGGGAUUUGAAUAAGAGGAAGCCCAUCGCAUCGUUGGAAUCGCACGUCUCCGUUGUCCGGAGUCUUUCGUACUCACCCGCAGAGAAUGCGCUGCUCUCUGCAGGCCGCGACAAGACUGUCAUUGUGUGGGAUGUGCGGACUUUCAAGACACGCCGUGUUAUCCCCGUUCUUGAGAGCGUGGAAGCAGCUUGCUUCGUCGCUGACAGCGGAUUGUGCUUGGUGGGAGGAGAGAACGGCCGUUUGCGUGUUUGGGACUGCAACCGCGGAGGAGAGGUUACUCACGAGCAAGAAGCUGCAGCCGAGUUCGAGGCCGUAGUGGCGAUUCAGUAUUCCGCGGGCAUGUCAUUCGCAAUGACUGUGCAUGCUGACCAAACCAUUCGACUGCACUCACUUCAGCCACUCGCCGACUACAAAGCUGGGUCUACGUUUGAGCCGCUGCCGGUUAUUAGGCGCAUCUCCGGCAACGAUGAUGAUAUUAUCGAUCUUGCAUAUGUCGGUGCCGAUCGGUCGAUGCUUGCGUUAGCUACCAACACCGAAAGCAUAAGGGUGGUUUCAGUUGGACCGUCCGAGGAUAGGCCAGCUACCGGAGAGGGUGACUACUUUGGUGCCGAUGUCACACACUUGGAAGGCCACGACGACAUCAUUAUUUGUAUCGACGUUGACUGGUCAGGUCACUGGCUUGUUACCGGCGCAAAGGAUAAUACUGCACGUCUUUGGCGGCUUGACCCCAAGAAUUCCUCUUACACCUGCUUUGCUGUCCUCACUGGACAUGCAGAGUCGCUCGGUGCCAUCAGUUUCCCCCGAGCUCCUCCGCCAGUCAACACCCCUGCUCACAACGACCCCUUGAACCAUCCCCCUGCUUUCCUGCUCACAGGAUCUCAAGAUCGUACUAUCAAACGAUGGGACACGGGUAAAUUGGCUCCUCUUAAGUCUUCCAAACCUCACAACCCCAAGGCCGUGUACACACGCAAAGCCCAUGAAAAGGAUAUCAAUGCUCUGGAUAUUAACCCGACAUCGACAUUGUUCGCAUCCGCGUCCCAGGACCGUACUGUGAAGAUUUGGUCCAUCGAGGAUGGCUCCGUUGUGGGUGUCCUGCGGGGACAUAAGAGGGGAGUAUGGUCAGCACGAUUUGCUCCUCGUGGUACCCCUAUCCUCACCUCCGACACGGGAACGAGCACAAACCGAGGCAUGAUUGCUACUGGAUCGGGAGACAAGACUAUCAAGAUCUGGAGCUUGUCGGACUACAGCUGUCUUCUCACUUUCGAAGGUCACACGAACAGUGUGCUCAAGGUGAUCUGGCUGCCACCUUCGGACUUGUCUACCAAGGAGGAGGAUGAAGACGAAGCAAUGACACAUAAUGCAGUUGCGCAGGCGAAACCUCUGGUUGCGUCUGCGGCCGCAGAUGGCUUGGUGAAGAUUUGGUCCCCUUACAGCGGCGAGGUUGAGACGACUCUCGACAACCAUGAAGACCGUGUCUGGGCUCUGGCCAGCCCGACGCCAUCUGGCUGCCGUGACGAUGUUCUGUCCUCAUCUACGCUCUCACAAACCUCUCCCUAUGGCCUUGCCUCUGGUUCUGCCGACUCAACUGUUACCUUCUGGACAGACACGACUUCGGCCACUUACACCGCUACAGUAAACGCCAACUCAGCUCGUAUUGAGCAAGAUCAACAGCUUCAGAACUACAUUCGCGCCGGGGCUUAUCGCGAAGCCAUCACACUUGCACUUCAGCUCAACCACCCAGCCCGGCUACUGUCCCUGUUCACUUCUGCGAUAGAUGCUGCAGAGGACCCAACAGCGACCGAUUCCGAAGCCAGCGAGCGUGCCAACAGCCUAACUGGCAACCCCUCGAUCGACGAGGUUCUUCAAACUCUUGACCCGGAAAACCUCUGUACACUCCUUCUCAGACUUCGUGACUGGAACACGAACGCCCGAACAUCCAGAGUCGCUCAGCGGAUCCUGUUCGCUUUGUUCCGCUCCUACCCAGCUUCAACAUUUGUGGAGCUUGCCACCUCAAGCAUGGCGAAGCGUCGCCGCGAAGGUCGCACUUCAGCAGGCAUGAAGGAUAUCCUGCAAGCGCUGGCCUCGUAUACUGACCGGCAUUACCGCCGUGUCGAAGAGCUUUCCGACGAAAGCUACCUCGUGGAAUGGGUUCUUGCAGAGAUGGACGGUGGUGUGGGACUCGGGGGCCUAGGCGUUUCUACCCCGUACGACCCUUACAGCAGUCUCCCUGAAGACAGUGUCCCAGAGCAUGAAAAAGACGUGGUCAUGCUGGGGGUAUAGGAGAACCCAAGUGUGGAUAAAAAUAAGACUUUUGAAUGAGACUAUGUACAAAUAGACCAAAGUUAAUCUGCAUGAUCUUUGCAAAUACCGUGUGUAUGUUGGCGCUUUCAGUGGGAGUACUUGUUCUGUUUUUGUUAGGAGACCAGCAUAUAAAAAGUUCUUUCUUUUUCCAGAUGAUACUACCUGUUCUGGAUUAGAGGCUGUUGAGGC